ACAAGUACUACAUUUUGUUGAAUUUCAUAAUUUUAACAAAUUUAUCAUGACAAGUGAGAGGAAAAGAGAAGCUGAAAGAUCAAUUCAACCGGAAAAAUUCUUUUGCGUUGAAAAUACAAUGAAACUUUCGGAUAUUGAUGACUUAAGCAACGAACUCUUAGAAAUGAUUUUUUCGCUUCUAUCACGCCACGAUAGAAUUCUUUGCAAGUUGGUUUGUACACGAUGGUACUUGAUUUUGAUGGAGUCUCCACUUUUUCGCAAGGAUCGUCACAUUUAUUUCAAUGAUUGCAUCCUAGAUACACAAACUGAACCAAUUUCUAUUCUUAUGGCGGCACAAAAACAUUAUGAAAUCUUUACUUUUGGUACAAUCCACAAAAACUAUUAUGAAAGACCACUUGACUGGAUGACAACUCCACAUAUCCUGCAAAACGUCAAGGAAAUUAAUUUAGUUACGAAAAAUUUCGAUUUAAUACCACCGAGACUGUUGAUCGAAUGUCCCUUGUUAGAGUCACUCAACUUUUACGAUGAAAAUGAGGAUGCACAAAGUCCUGCGGAGCCGUUUCCUCCGAAGUAUCUUAGCUUGGACUUCAUGCCACUAAUGUUGUUUGGAAAAUGUUUCACUGACAAAUUUUUCUUUCAGGCAUCAAGGUUUUUGGUUUCGUUUGAGCAAGUUUUUCUAGAUUGUGUAUUACAAAACAUAAAAAUGGUGAACAUUAAGAGUAGUUCCAAUGAGCCACGAGAUUUUACGAAAAGAUUUUUACUCCAGUUGAAAAAAAUGAUUCCCGAACAAGCUGUUAUCAAUAUUCAUUUUGAUAAUUUACUAUUUGAUGAUAAUAGAUAUUUAUCGAAAGACUUUGGAUUAAAAACCUGGAUUGAUUUGUUUUCAACAACACAGACAAAAUUCACAUUAAAUCAUUUCAAGGUCAAUUUCGGUGGUAUGUCAAAGGAAGCUAUUGAAGCAUUUUGUGCAUUAGACGUCACUUACAAAAACUUCAAUUUGGAGUUUAAAGAAUCCGACGAAUAUGACUAUGACGAAAUUGAUAAAUUUUUGGAUGAAUUGAAAGCAGAACAAAUAUCUUUGAAGCUCUCUGCUUUGCCACAAAUUCCUGUGUUACGAAAUUUUCAUCGUAUAACAAAAAUUUGUCUUCGACAAACCGAAGACGUUGCAAGUCUGAAGUGGUUAGAACAAAUGAAAAAUUUGAAGGAACUGAUACUUGUGCAUAGAACUCUCGGACAUUCUUGUACGUUUGGUCACGCAGCAAUUAAGCUUGAAAAUGUUGAAAAACUGGAAAUUGACUCACCAAUAUUGUCGUCAAGGAGAUGCCAAGAAUGCUUUAAUGCACUGAAGCAAAGCUUCCAAAAUGUAAAGGAGCUUAAGAUUGUAGCUGAAUCUGCAGUACUUUUGGAAAUAAGUUGCUGGAAAAAGUUGGAGACAGUAAAAAUUGCGAUACGAGACUUCGAUGACUUUUUCGAGCUUGAAAAAAACUCGGAACAGUUUUCUUUUAGCAUGUUGCGUGAAAUAUUUAUUUACUUUAAUCUUUCUGUAGAACCAUGGAACAAAGAAAAGUUAACUUACUUAGUUGAACGAGCAUUUCCAUUAGUAACAGUUGUUUGCAAAACUUACUAAUUACAAAGCUUGGCAAAAAUAUGCAUUUAAAAUUGGAAAAUAUGCAAAAAAUAUGCACUUAUAGGCAAAAUAUGCAAUUUUAUGCAAUUAAAAAAUGCUAUUUUGGUUGAAACAAAUAUUUUUUUUUAAUAAUUUGUUACAAAAACCAAAAUUUUAGCAUCAAAAAUAGAACUCAUGUGGAAUAAUUCUACAAAACCCUUAAUCUUGGCAGAAACCCAUGAUACGAAAGGUUUUUUUUAGGUAUAUAAUUUUUUUUAAAUGGCAGAUUUUGGAAAAAUUUUGAAAUUAAAAUAUUUAAAAUGUAAAAAUUUUUUAAAAGAUUUUUUGACAUAUAUUUAAAUUAAGGAAAAAAGUCGAUACAAACAGUUAAAUAAAUUUUCCAAAAACUUAAUUAAACAGUAUUUUUUGAACCUAUAUAAAAUUGAUUAUUUUUGAUUAUUUAAGUUUUACUCAUCUUUGUCGAAAAACGGUCGAAAAUUAUAUCUAAAAUUUUUUAGAAUUUUCGUUUUUUGAAAAAAAAUUUUUUUGGCUAAAAAAUUUUCAAAAAAUUAAAAUUUUUGCAA